CCAGUAGCUGCCUGCUAGUGCCAGUGUGUGUGUGUGUGUGUGUGUGAAUACUGAGCUAUAGAAAACUUUAAAUAUUUAAGCCUACUUUAUUCUGAUGUGGACAUUUUUUCUGUCCUGCAACACUUCAUUUCACCGGUGUUAAAGAAAGAUAGAGAAAUAGAUAAAGAUGGAUUCCUUUGACCUCAGUUAUGACUCUGGUGAGAUACAUCUCUCUGAAGUGAGGAUUGUGCUCUUGGGCAGCAUGAAUGCUGGGAAAAGUUCAGCAGGAAACACCAUCCUGGGCAGAAAGGAGUUUGACUUGAAAAGAACUGCACAGUGUGUUAUGAGACAAGGAGACGUAGCAGGGAGGAAGAUCACUGUAGUUGAAGCUCCAGGCUGGAGGAGAAAUAAAUCUAUAAGGAACUCCACUGAGGAACUUAAACAGGAGAUUAUUCUUAGUGUUUCCAGGUGUUCUCCAGGUCCACACGCUGUCCUCCUGGUCCUGCGUUUAGACCUCAAAUCAUGGAACAGUGAGCAAAAUGUAUUAGAGGGAUAUCUAGAGCUUCUUACUGAAAGAGUCUGGAGUCACACUAUAGUUCUGUUCACCUUCGGGGACGCUCUGGGAGACACAACCAUAGAGCAGUAUAUUAAGACAGAAGAGUAUCUCCAGGGUCUGGUUAAAAAAUGUGGAAACAGAUAUCAUGUUUUUACCAGUAAGAAGAGGGAUGAUGUCUCUCAGGUCACAGAGCUGCUGGAGAAGAUAGAGAAGAUGGUGGCAGGAAACGGAGGCUGUCAUUUGGAAAUGGACAAAAGGAUAAAAGAGGAAAGAAAGACAGAAGAUGGAAAAAAAUCAAAAGAGCAGGUGAUGGUGUCAAGGAGGAGAAAAGACAUUAUAUCACACAAACGUGAGAUACAUCUCUCUGAAGUGAGGAUUGUGCUCUUGGGCAGCAUGAAUGCUGGGAAAAGUUCAUCAGUAAACAGCAUCCUGGGCGGAGGGAAGUUUGACUUAAAGAGAACUGCACAGUGUGUUAUGAGACAAGGAGACGUAGCAGGGAGGAAGAUCACUGUGGUUGAAGCUCCUGGAUGGCAGAGAAAUAAAUCUAUAAGAAACUCUACUGAGGAAUUUAAACAGGAGAUUAUUCUGAGUGUGUCCAGGUGUCCUCCAGGUCCACACGCUGUUCUCCUUGUCCUGCGUUUAGAUGUCAAAUCAUGGAAGAGUGAGCAAAAUGUAUUAGAGGGAUAUCUGGAGCUUCUUACUGAAAGAGUCUGGAUUCAUACGAUAGUUCUCUUCACCUUCGGGGACGCUCUGGUAGACAUGACCAUAGAGCAGUACACUAAGAAAGAAAAGUAUCUUCAGUGUCUGGUUGAGAAAUGUGGAAACAGAUAUCAUGUUUUUACCAAUAAGAAGAGGCAUGAUGACUCUCAGGUCACAGAGCUGCUGGAGAAGAUAGAGAAGAUGGUGGCAGAAAAUGGAGGCUGUCAUUUGAAAAUGGACAAAAAGAUAAUAAAAGAUAUGGAGAAGAGAAGGAAACAAGUGGAAAACAGAUCAAAUGAGACGGUGACGGAGAUAAAAAGGAGAGAAGGCCUUAGAUUAGAUGCACGUGCUGAAUUUGUGGAUAAACACCGAGCAGCGCUCAUUCAGAGAUUUAAUUCAGUAAUGGAGGUUGCAGACUGUUUAAAGGGCAAGAAGAUGAUUACUAAUGAAAUGUACAGCAAGAUUCGAGCAAUGUCAACACAUCAAGAGAAAAUGAGAGAACUGUACGAAUGUCUCGACUCAACAGGAAGAGUUGCGAAACAAGAACUUUAUAACAUCCUUAAAAAGAACCACAAUGGGUUAUUUAAGGAUUUGGAAUCUGAUUCGGAAGUCGAUAGCACACAGUAACAUGCACACACUUCUCAAAACAUUCAUGUUUCUUAUGUUUCUAACAAAGAUAUAGAGACAUAAUUCAUAUGUUUCUUAAGUUGCAUUUGUUUACACACACAUUAGUUGAAGGGAAAACACUGAUUUCGUAACAGAAAUAGUAGUACAAAUUAGGGUGUCGCCCUCUGGUGGUCUAAUGACAAGCAAGUACUUUAUACUGUAUAUUUUUCCUUAAUGUGCCACAUUAUACUUUGUUCACUGCUAAAUGAGCCUGACAAAAAGAAAACUACUUAGUGACUAAAACCAUCACAACUUUUCUUUUUCUAAGCAUGUUUCUAAAUAUUUAUCUAAACAUUAUUAUUAUUAUUAUUAUUAUUAUUAUUAUUAUAACAGCUCCUAAUUUAUUUAAUGACGUACACGUAUAGCAUUAAAUAAUUUACUUAUUAUUGUAUCAUUAAACAUUAUAAUGCAACCUUUGUCAUUAGAAAGGUUUAUGAAGUAUGUUUGUUGCUCUAUUUUCUCCGUAGUGGAAUAAAAGCUUAGCUUUCACAGAUUGCAGUUUUGAAAAACAGAUUGUAAGUUUAUUUGCUGAGGCAAACACGAUCCUGUAUUAGACUCCUCAAAUUCAUACACACUUUCUUUUAUGUUGUUUGUUUUGUUUUAUAGCCUUAAGCAGUACUUAUACUGUAUAAUUGCAAAUGCAUACAUUUUGAUUCCUUGCCUUGGAUAAAUGUUAUGUGUGUUUGAAUAAAGCUUUAUACUUCAACAACUAUUCUUUUACACUGGUAAUAAAGCAAAUUAUUUAAAUCAUAAGACAAAGCUCUUAUGGAGUUAUUUGUUUUACUGUUGAUAUGGUUGUGCUAUAGUGACUUUGAACUAACUAGAUUAUUUAUUUAAAAAAAAAUUGUUAUAAUUCAAUAUAAAGAUUUUAGUGCAGUGUGUUAAUCCUGUAGCAUUAUAGUCUUUGAUGCACACUGCUUAAACAAUAUUAAGACAGAAUGAGCACAAUAAUGUUUUGAUAAUUUUUUUUUCUGUAGUCAAAGAACAAAAAACGAUGACCACAGAAAAUGCCUCAUUUUAUAGUAAAGUUAAUUUUUAAAAAGGAUAUGAUGUUCUUUUUGUUUGUAAGUUGAGUGAGCUCCGUGUAUGUGUGUUAUUAUUUCAGGUUUUCCUGUUUUUAUUUUAUUUUUAUUAUUAUUACAAUAUUGUUUCUAUUUAUUAUAUUUUUUAAAUAUGAAAUUUGUUUUA